AUGCCACCUGGGCAUUCAAAGCCAUUCGCCGACGGCGGCGUCAUCCUGUCCGCCGUGUCUCCCGAUACCGACAAACGCCUCGACGACUCUCGCCGAAUCCAUGCACGGCAACGCCGAUCCGGCCGGGAAGUUGAGAUGCCACCUGGGCAUUCAAAGCCAUUCGCCGACGGCGGCGUCAUCCUGUCCGCCGUGUCUCCCGAUACCGAUGCAUUGCGAGACAAACGGGAAGCCGACCGGUCAGGUUCGUCCGCUGCCGACAGCAAGGGUGGAUGGUAG